UAAAAACAAACAGUAAAAGUAUGCUCUUCUAGGUGUUCUUUGUGAGCUAUGGAGUCUCCGUUUAACAGCGAGGCGCUCCAGGGCAAGGUAGCGCUCAUCACUGGCGGAGGAUCUGGGAUAGGGUUUGAGAUUGCCACGCAUUUUGGCAAGCAUGGAGCGAAGAUCGCCAUCAUAGGACGCCGGAAAUCGGUGCUCGAUGAGGCUGUGGAGAAGCUAUCCUCGCAAUCCAUCCAGGCAUUGGCAAUCGAGGGGGACGUCCGCAAGGAAGAAGACGCAAAGAGGGCGCUCGAUUCGACAGUAGCGAAAUUCGGGAAGCUUGAUAUUCUGGUGAAUGGAGCUGCGGGAAAUUUUCUCUGCCUUGCCGAGGAUCUCUCUGUCAACGCAUUUAGAACAGGUAGACGAUUCUUCUUUCUUUUCUUUCUUUUUCUUUUCUUUUGUUUCAUCAGUUCUAACACUGAGAAAAAAAAUGCAGUUCUUGAGAUUGAUACUGUUGGUACGUACAACAUGAGCCACCAUGCCAUGCAUUACUUGAAGAGCGGCGCGCCAGGAAAGAAAUCCGGUGAAGGUGGUCUCAUAAUCAACAUAACAGCCACUCUCCAAUUCUCCGCGGCGUGGUUCCAGACUCAUCUAGUUUCAGCAAAGGCAGCGAUUGACAGCAUGACAAGAAACUUGGCCCUUGAAUGGGGAAAAGAUUAUAACAUUCGAGUGAAUGCUAUUGCUCCAGGACCGAUCAAAGACACUCCAGGAAUGUCUAAGCUUGCUCCUGACGAGAUAAACAUUCGAGACAGUCCUCCUUGGGGAGAGAAAUGGGACAUUGCCAUGACUGCCAUUUUCCUAGCGUCAAGUGCUGGCAAGUAUGUAAAUGGAGCGAUUAUUCCUGUGGAUGGUGGAGCCUGGUUUCACAGACCUCCACACUUUCCAAAAGAAACCAUUCGUUCGUUGUCGAGAGUGGUGGAGAAGAGAUCACGAGUCGGUUCUAAUACCAAAAGCAAGCUGUAAGUAUACGAUAAACUUGUUUAAAAUAACACAUUUCUUUCGCAAUAUAACACCAUUUUUAUUUU